AUGACUGAGCCACCUCUGUCAAUGACAUACAACAUUAGCCCCUACCAUGCUUGGUGUAAAGACAAUGGCGCCAACGUGUCUACCGAUACAAUCUUAGCCACUUUUACCAACCUUGGUCGAAGGUUUGGUUUCCAAGAAGAUAAUGUGCACAAUAUGUAUGAGUUGUUCAUGACACAGGUAGAUUCUCGAUCAAGCAGGAUGGAUUGUUCCGAAGCGUUACUCUCUUUACAUUUACACUAUAUUGGAGGUGAUUGUGCUAAUUACAAGAAAUGGUAUAUGGCGGCGCAAUUCCCCUAUGAAGAUGAAUCAUGGACACCGAGGGACAAAUUCAUUGCUAUGGAAAAAGAAGAAUGGAGAACAAGGUUAGGGGCAUUUAAGGAAGAAGAGUAUGUGUCUCAAAUUGCCUUGUAUUUGUUAAUCUGGGGAGAGUCAAAUAAUAUUAGGUUCAUGCCUGAAUGCAUUUGCUUUAUUUUCCAAUGUGCUUUGGAUUAUGAAGGACCCGAUUUAGACCGGUUUUACUUUUUAGAUAAAGUAAUUACGCCAUUGUACAAGUUUUUAAGAGACCAGCAGUAUGAUUUAAUUGGCGACAAGUGGAGUAGGAAGGAAAUUGACCAUUCACAAACCAUUGGAUAUGACGAUGUAAAUCAACAUUUUUGGAGUCCUAGAGGAUUGUACAAGAUCAGACUAGACAAUGGAAUUAGAGUUUAUAAAAUUAAACGAAAAGAUCGAUUCAAGGAGAUCCAUUUGAUUGAUUGGAAGAAAUCCUUAUCGAAAACGUAUCGAGAACGAAGAACUUGGAUUCAUGUAUUGAAUAACUUCAAUCGCAUAUGGGUUAUUCAUGUAUCGGUGUUCUGGUACUUUAUGUCAUUCAACUCGCCAUCGCUUUACACUGCAGAUUAUACCCCAGAUAAGUCACCAUUCGUUCAUGUAAGAUUGGCGAUAGUGUCUGCUGGUGGCGCUUUAGCAGCAUUGAUCUCGCUAUUUGCAGCAAUUUCGGAAUUUUUAUUCAUUAAUAGUAAAAACUUCAAGAAAUUGGUCUUUUGUGCUAUAUUGUUGGUUCUUAAUAUUGCUCCAAUUGUGGCUAUUUUUAUAUUUCUUCCAUGGUCCCAGUAUUCCUACAAGGGUAAUGUCGUUUCAGGGCUAUUAUUGACAUUUUCAAUUCUAACAUUUGUUUAUUUGGCCACAAUACCUCUUGGUAGCUUUAGUUCAGUUUUUUCAAAUUCAUUUCCCAAAUUAUCAUUGCGAAAACGGGCAUUUUCAAUAUCAUUAUGGAUUGUGGUAUUUGCCGCCAAGUAUUCAGAAUCGUAUUUCUUUUUGAUUCUUUCAUUAAAAGACCCCAUCCAAAUUUUAUCUACAUUAAAGUUGAAUUGUGAUGAUGGUCAUUUCUUGUGCCCGGCACAGCCUAAAAUUGCCUUGUGUUUGUUUUAUUUCACCGAUUUGAUUUUAUUCUUUCUUGACACUUAUCUUUGGUAUGUCAUUUGCAAUGUUAUAUUCUCCGUUGGAUUAUCGUUUUCAUUGGGGGUGUCGAUAUUCACCCCCUGGCGAAACAUAUUCUCGAGAUUGCCCGAUAGGAUAUUGACCAAGAUUUAUCAUGGUGAUUCCUCCAAUAGUAUGAUUUUGGUUAUUUCGCAAAUAUGGAACGGGAUUGUUAUUUCGAUGUUUAGAGAGCAUAUAAUAUCGGUUGAACAAGUGAAAAAGUUGAUUUACCAACGUGAAGAAGAUGAGGGCAAUGUUAAGCCGCCGCUGUUUUUUGUCAACGAAGAUGACAACACAUUUAAGCUCUUGGCCUAUAUCAAGAUAGAAGAGGAAUGGGAAAGAAGAAUCACUUUUUUCGCCCAAUCGUUAUCAAGCCCUCUCCCUGACCCAUUUCCAGUGGUAUCGAUGCCCGCAUUCACAGUGCUUAUACCACAUUAUUCGGAAAAGAUUCUCUUGGGAUUGAAGGAUUUAAUUAAGGAACAGUCGUUUUCAAAGUUGACAUUGUUGGAGUACUUGAAGCAACUUCACCCCAAUGAAUGGAGAUCCUUUGUCAAGGACAGUAAAAUGAUUCAAUCAAUUGAUGAGAAUGAGGAUGAUUUGGAUGGAGAUGGCGACGAGAAAUUCAAAGGACAUGAAGAUUUACCAUACUACUGCAUCGGCUUCAAGGACUCAGCACCAGAAAACACAUUAAGAACAAGAAUAUGGGCGGCAUUGCGUUGCCAAACUUUAUACCGUACAGUUUCUGGAUUUAUGAAUUACGAAGUCGCCUUGAAGAUUUUGUAUCGUAGUGAAAACAUUGGGUUUGAAAGUGAAGGUGAUUUAUUCAUUGAGAGGGAAAUGCAAGAUUUUGUUGAUCGAAAAUUUAGCUUGAUUGUGGCGAUGCAAAAUUUCCAAAGCUUUACUCGGGAAACUUCUGACGAUGCCGAUGUGUUAUUUCGAGCAUUUCCUAAUGUAAAGAUUGCAAUUUUGGAAGUUGAAAAUGGAACUUAUUACUCAACCUUGUUGGAUGUAUCUCAACGAGACCAUAAAGGAAACUAUCGCAAACGGUUCAAGAUUCGAUUAUCGGGAAAUCCAAUCUUGGGUGACGGUAAAUCUGAUAAUCAAAACAACGCUCUCAUUUUUUACCGAGGGGAAUAUAUUCAAGUUAUCGAUUCAAAUCAGGAUAACUAUGUUGAGGAAUGUUUGAAAAUCAAGUCGCUAUUGACCGAGUUUGAAGAAAUGGAUCUUGAUGUAUCGCAUGGGUACACAUCCGAGCCGAUUUUGGAACCACCGCCAACGGUUGCUAUUGUAGGGUCAAGGGAGUUUAUCUUUUCCCAAAACAUUGGCAUACUAGGUGACAUUGCCGCGGGGAAAGAACAGACAUUUGGUACAUUGUUUGCUCGAACAAUGGGGGAAAUUGGAUCAAAGCUACAUUAUGGACAUCCUGAUUUCCUAAAUGGGAUAUUCAUGACGACAAGAGGAGGCAUAUCGAAAGCACAAAAAGGACUACACCUUAACGAGGAUAUAUAUGCUGGUAUCACAGCAAUGUGUCGAGGUGGAAGAAUUAAGCAUUUUGAUUAUUACCAAUGUGGUAAAGGACGUGACUUGGGAUUUCAAUCGAUUGUCAAUUUUACUAAAAAAAUUGGCGCUGGCAUGGGGGAGCAACUCUUGUCAAGGGAGUAUUUCUAUCUUGGGACGAGACUACCAAUUGAUCGGUUCUUGUCGUUUUAUUAUGCCCACCCUGGGUUUCAUAUUAAUAACUUGUCGAUUAUGUUGUCAGUAAAGAUUUUUAUGUUUUUGGUGAUGAAUCUAGGUGCGUUGAAUCAUAAUACAGUGGAGUGUGAUGAAGAUGAUCCUGUGGCUGGGUGUCAUACUUUAGUGCCAGUGUUGAAUUGGAUUGAUCGAUUUAUUCUUUCGGUGUUUGUGUGCUUUUUUAUAUCUUUCCUUCCACUAAUCAUUCAAGAGUUGAUUGAAAAGGGUUUUGUUAGAUCGGUUUUUCGAGUCAUUUUGCACAUUGUUUCAUUAUCGCCAUUUUUUGAAGUUUUCCUUUGCCAAGUUUAUUCUCGAGCAUUAAGAGAUAAUUUUGUAUUUGGUGAGGCACAAUACAUUGCCACGGGCAGAGACUUUGCCAUUUCGAGAAUUUCGUUUGCUACGUUGUAUACAAGAUAUGCCAACUUGUCAAUUUAUAGUGGUUGUGAAAUAUUCAUGGUGAUUUUGUUUGGAAUGAUGACGGUAAAACGAAUAGCCCUUCUUUGGUUUGUCAUUACAGUAUUGGCGUUGUGUUUUGCUCCGUUUAUGUUUAACCCCCAUCAAUUUAGUUUCAUUGAUUUCUUUCUCGAUUAUCGAGACUUUAUUCGUUGGUUGUCGAGAGGCAAUUCUAAAGCCAAGGAGUCUUCGUGGAUUCAGUUUUGCCAAGGUGAAAGAUCGCGGUUAACUGGAGAGAAGUUUGAAGGGCAUUUGCUGGGCAGAAACUCAACCACGUUCAACUUGCUUCUUGGUGAAGUGGUUACUCCUUUGAUUAGUUUUAUCUUGUAUUUGAGUCCAUUUUUGUUUCUUCAUUCGUCAGACAAGUUGUUUGUGUUGGAUUUAGCCAAUCCUUUGAUUAAAGUCGCCAUUGUCAUAUUCAUGCCUUAUGCAUUGAACAUUGUUGUUUUGAUCUUGAUUUGGGUGUUGUCAUUAACAAUGGCUCCAGCAAUUGGACUCUGCGUUAAGCGGAUUCCAUCAUUCUUUGCUGCAUUGGCUCAUUUCUUGUCCAUUUUGUUUCACAUUGUCAAUAUUGAGUUUUUGUUUCUUUUACAGGAAUUCAGUGUUGUUCAUUUGAUAAGUGCCUUGUUGGUUGUUUUCAGUUUCCAUCGUGCGUUAUCGGGUUUUGUUUUGAUUACAUGUGUUUCUCGAGAACGCGGCGAGAAUGUUACUAAUAAAGCCUGGUGGUCAGGGGAAUGGUACCGAAGUGGAUUGGGGUUCAGAGUAAUAACACAAAACAUGCGGGAAUUAGUUAUCAAAAUGUUGGAAUUGAACAAGUUUACGUUUGAUUUCUUCUUGGGACACAUGCUACUCCUGAAGUUUGCUGAUAAUCAAGAAGAUGAGAUCUUUGGUGACGUUGAGUCAAUAGAUUUUAGUUCCAACAGACUGAGACAGCAACAACAACAACAACAACAACAACAACAACAGCAACAACAGCAACAACAACAGCAACAGCAACAGCAAAUAGAACAACAGAAUCACCACCACUACCACAGCAAUUCCAGUCAUGACAACGAAGAUGAUAACGGAGUAGAAACUCUCAAAAUCAACCAGUUGCAUAUCAACAACAACCUGCCACUGUUCCAACUAACACCCAAAAACGAACUUAGUUCAUCAAAAGGUAGUGCCAAACGAAUAACCCGGGAUGCAUUGAGUGAAUACAGCGAAGGGAAUGAUACUGACAUAACGUCCGAACUAUCACAAGAUGAAUUUGAGGGCUGGGAUGAAUGUUUUAGUAAGAACCAAAGCAUUUAUCAACAAAUGAAUCAACGAUUAAUUGCCAAAAAAGUAGCCCAGCAAAAGGAGGCAGAACGCGAGCAAAAGGAAUUGCUUGAGUACAAGCAAAAUCGUGCAAUGGGCACUCGUGAUGAUCCAAAUUUAACUUUGAAAUUGCGUGAUGGAAUAGGAGGUGGGGGAGCUAGUGGUGGUGGUCAUAAAUUGACCAGCACAAAUUUGAGUAUGUUGGAUCAUUUAGAAAAUGAAAAAACAAUAAAUUAUGAGUAUACGAGAGAUGAUAAUGAACAAUUUGAAGAUGGGUUUGAUGUUGAUUUUGAAGCAAGCAUCCAAAAGAUUAAACAGCAGCAGCAACAACUGCGUCACAAUAUGGGAACGAUUGGGAAACACACAUUACUCAAUAAACAAUCAAUGCCAUCAUUAGCUAAAAAUCAAGCCAAUACAAUCAAGAAAUUCAAAUCAACAAUGGAUUUAAACAAUGAUGUAUCGCAACAACAACAACAACAGCCAAGUUUCAAUUUCAAUAAUCGGGUAAUUAAUAAACUCGAUCGCAUACCUUCAUUCUACAAUAGACCAAAAAUACCAGAUCCAGCAUCGCGCAUUCAAUUACUUGAUAAAUACGCAGAACGGAAAGAUAAGACCAAUUCCAAGUUGAAACAACAACCUAGUUUGAGUGAUAAAGAUACUGGCAUUACUCAUCUUGCACAAACUCAUCAUGAUCGACGCCAUCUGCAGAAGAAGAAAAUGGGACAUGUGCGAUACUUGAAUGGGGAUUCGUUGGGCAAAACUCGUGGUGGUGACUAUAUUAUACCCCAGUCCAAAUCAAUGGUGUUUAACAAGGCGCAAAACCGAUGGGAAGGAAAUGAAGUGGAUCUACUUCGAUUCGAACAGAAACCAUCGCUCAUCACAUUGGAAGAGCUUGAACCAAUUAGGAAUGAUGGUCAUGUUAAUCGUCACGUGCAUGCGCAAGCCCAAGACGCUUAUGAUGAAGGUGACGACGAUGACGGAGAUUUCCCGCGUAAAAAGCAAGGUAAUAUGUUGUACGACAACGUUAAUCUAAAAUGGAUAAAUUUGGAUCAAGAUGAUGAGUACAUUUUCGACGAUAUACCCGAUUUGAUCGAACCUUUAGAAACUAUUCGACACCAUCAUAACCAUCAUCAUCAACAACAGCAGCAGCAACAGCAACAACAGUAUAACCAAAUGGACCAAUAUUCACCAACGAGGCGUGGCGGCGGCGGCGGCACCACCAACACCAUCUAUGUUCUCCAAUCACCAAUUUCACGACGUCGUGGUGCAAGUCAAUUCACACAACGAACAAUAUCGUCAACAACAUCGAUACCGCCACCACCACCUCUUGCCCAACAACAACGAAAUCUAACUACAGCAUCGCGAUCGACUCUAUUAAGAUCACAAUCUUCAUUAUCCAACACUGUUCCCAACACCCAUGCUGGCCCCGAUGACGCAGCAGUGCCUUUACCACCAGUGAGCCAGAAAUUGAUGGAUAAAUUCGUCAAAGAAGAGCAUAAGAUCAAUCGCAAAAUUAACCAUUGGUUUAUUGAUGAUAAUAAUGAUGUCAAGUUGGAUUAUUAUUGGGAAAUUAGAAAAUUGAUCAUGGAGGAUUAG